UAUAAUACAGUGGAGACAGAUUCCUUAAACACUGUUCUACAGCUGAUCCCCAGAAUAACUUUCUCUUCUCAGUAAUCUUCUGCAUUAUCUAUUACAAGCAGAAGACACAGAACAGCUGUUGGAACGAUGGCAAGUUUUAAUUCAAAAUAUUUGGAAGGGCUUUCUAAUGUGUUGCAAGUUUUUUAGUUGAAAGAAGAACAGUAACCCUGAUAACAGUACCUUUCAUAAAGUCAUAUUUUCUGGGCAAAGCUGCUCACUGAACUGAAAAAAAGGAGUGAUAACACAGCUUCUGUCAUACACUAAGGAUAACACUUGUGCUGGGGUUAUUUUAAACAAUGCACUUGAAGAGAAAGAUUUAACAACUGUAUUUGGAAAAAAAAUUGUGUUGCGGAAACCAGACUGCAGUGCUUCAGAUCGGUAAGGAAUGGGGUGAGAGAAUGACUGUAGAUGUACACAGCAGUAUUCUGAAUAUAUUGUACUGUUCUCUCUUUUUUUUUUUUCUUUUCCUUUUUUUUAAGAAAACUGAUGAUUUUCUUUGGGCAGACAGUGCGGCAGUAGAGAUUUCAAAGUGACGAGAACCAUGACUUCUUUUUAAGGAAUGUUUGCAGUUUCCCUUUCGUGCUGACUAAGCUGGUCCUUCAGACUACACUUCAGUGGAAUUCCUUGAAGAUUUCCUUUGUAUCCAGGUCAUAGCAUGAUGCCAGUGAGAACAAGAAGUUUACAUCCUGAGGAAAUUGCAAGUUAACUCUUGGAUGCUUUUUCCAUGAUGAGGCAGUACAGAAUACUGUUGUAGCUAAGUACUUAAUUGGAGGUGAGAUUCCCCACCCCUGUGAUGCACGCUCAGUAGUAUGUCACUGCUAGAUAUAUAUUGUGGACUUUCUUCGAGAUAUCGAGUUACUGGCACUUUUUAGGAGAUACGGACAGGGAAACUUUUUUUCUGUCUCACUGUUUUUGCUUGUAUCCAGUGUACUGAGGUGUUUUGUUAUGCAGUAAGAAAGUCUUCAGGAGGAUGAAGCACAUGUGGUUUGCUGUGGUCCACCUAUAAAAUUAUUUGCUUGCCUCAUCCUUUUCAACACACACUAUUUUCUGCAAGAGCCCAAGAUGGAUGUCCAAAGUUAUUUUUCUUUCCUGGUGGCAUGUUUUGCAAUUCUUGCCCAAGCAGCCAGCUUCUCAUAUGUAUCCCCUGAGAUUCGGUCACGAAGGAGCAGUUGUAAGCCUAUCCCCACAAACUUGGUUCUCUGCCACAGAGUUGGCUACAAUGAGAUGCGGCUCCCAAAUUUGUUGGGUCAUGACAGCAUGAAGGAAAUUCUCCAGCAAGCUAGCUCUUGGGUUCCUCUGGUCAACAAGCAAUGCAACCAGGACACCAAGAAAUUCCUGUGUUCCCUUUUUGCACCUGUAUGUCUCAGUGAACUGGAAGGUCCUAUUUACCCAUGCAGGACUCUUUGUGAGGCAGUAAAGGCAGACUGUGAACCAGUGAUGUCUGCAUUUGGCUUCCCUUGGCCAGAGAUGUUCAACUGUAGUCAUUUCCCAGGAGGAGGUGAGCUGUGUGUUCCACCAGCUGGAGCACAAGACCAGUCUCCAACUGAAAAAGAAGAGCCUAAUGUGUGUGAUGCCUGCCAGCAGAAAGGGGAUAGUGAGAAAGCAAUCCUGGGAAAUUUCUGCACAGAUGACUUUGUUCUGAAGAUGAGGGUGAAGGAACUGACUCAUGUAAAUGGAGAAAGGAGAAUUAUACCAGAUGUGAAAAAUAAAGCCAUUUACAAACACAAAAGCUUGACAGAGGUGGAGGUGAAGGACACAGUUUUAUGGAUGCCAGGUGAAGAACAGUGCAUUUGUAAGGACGUCAGUGACCUGACGGCCACUCUUCUGGCAACAGGUCAUAAAGUGGAAAAUCGACUGAUGAUCUCACUGGUCACUCGAUGGCGUAGUACUGGGAGGGAACUAAAGAAAUUUACAAGAACACUUAAGAGGCUUAAAUGCUAAUUCCAAUGACACAGGGUCAAUCUUCUCAUCCAUUAUGUAUAGGAGAUAGCUGGAUGACAAAGAAAGCUUAUCAUAAACAUAUUUGCAAUCUAGUAAGUUAUAUGAUGAUGCAAAAUACAGAGAUGUUGAAAAAAGAAAGAAAGCAGAUUUAAUUAUUAUACAAUUAUUUUUUUUAUUUUGAAUGGAAUCUGAUAUACUUUUUACAUUGUUUGUGGAUUAUAUAGUUGAGAUUUUAUAAUUUAUCAGUGCAAUACAAGAACAUUGUGUUGCUAAGCAUGCACUGAUUCAAACAUUUUCUUGAUUUUAAAAGUUAUUGGCAGUGCUUCUGUAGCUGUCUACAUUCUUUGAUUGCAUUCAUACUGUCUUGUACAUAUACACAAACUAGAUUAUCUCAUGUAAGUUUGUACAAAGGACAUUAUAAGAGGGUUGUUAGAGCUAUUAAUAUUUAGAUUCAAUGAGCCUUUAUAUAUAAGGUUAUUAAUUCUAAUAUUUGAAAAAAGUGAAGAGUGUAAUACAACAUUAAGACACUCUGUGUGUUAUAUCUUGAUCUUUGAUUUGAGUUAUUCUGCUUGUUUUUCAUUUUUAUUUAUUCAUUUUGUUAACACCAUAGAAAAAAGGGCUUAAUCCAUCACAGGAUUUUUUUUCAGCCAUGACCCAGGAAGUUUGUAAGAUGAAUUCCAUUACAAAUUAUAAAACACACAUAAAGACAAUAAGUAAAAUGAGAUAACAGUACUCAAACUAGAAAUGUUAAUAAUGCAACAGAUGAAUAGUUAUCAAAAGCAGCAAACGAGUAAAAGGAAAUAGUUCUGCAUUUACUUCUUUUAUCCCUGCAUCAGCAUUAUACUAUUUAUUUAUUUUGUUAAUUGUUUAUUAUGUGCUCGGUAGGCACAUGUACCUUCUCACGAGUGAUCUAGUAACACUGGCUGGGUAACUGAUUUCCUUGGAGUCACAAAUUACAUAGGUAAGGCCUGAUCAAUAACCUGGGGUGGCCCUAAUGAUUCAAAAUUUAGGGGCCCAGCAUAUGUCAAUACUUUGACCUUUAAAUAAGAAAGUGUGAUCAUGUCUGGGAUUAUAUUUCUACUUUUUACAUUCAUAUUUUUUAUAUUACUGAGCAGGUUGGAUUAUUGAUAAUGCAGUUAGAAUUUAUGCAUCACAUCACUAGUUUUGCUGGUUUGUUCUUGCUAGGGGCAGCUUCUUGUGGAGUCUCUUUGUGCCCAUGUUUGUUUUUGAUGGAUGGUCUGGUAUCCUUGCACAUCUCAAGGAUAUGAUGUAGCUGAACUUGAACUUCUAAAGUUCUACUAGGAAAUGCCAACUUCAUGAAAGCUGACGUUCUAAAAAUGAAAAAAAAAAUACCCCCCUCCCCAAAAGGGCAAAAAUCCUCAUUUUUUUCUUGUUUUUUUUUUUUUUUUUUUUUUUUUGCGGGUGCAAGGCAGACUGUUGUAUAAAUACAACUUUCCUAAGUAUAACAAUGUCUUAUAAAACCAUGCCAAAGUUAUGCCAUUAGGAAAUAUGCUGGAAUAUCCAAUAAGACUGACUUCAGCUUUCUAUCUUUCUGAAGGCAUGUGGAAAUGUCAUCAAUGAACCUUAAGUGAUAUGUAUAACACAGAAAGGCCAGACUGAGGAAAAAUAUUCUAACACUGGGUUGUCAGUCAUUUUUCAGGUAACAGUGUGCCUAUUGGUUUAGCGCAUGUGGUUUUGGCUGUAAUCUUUUGAUUGAAUCUCUAAGUCCAAUGCUGAACACAUCACUUAAUUAGAAAGUGCUCCUAAAUCACCCCUAAGAAGAGACAUUGCCUUGGUUAUUAGUUUAUUUAUCUUGUUAAUAAAUAACCACAAUUAAAA